AUGCAUAUCCCCGAUCGUCGCAGCGCUGUUGAAGAAGCUUCGUCGAAAUGGCAAUUCACUCUUACUAGACAGGAGAAGUCUUGUGUCGCUCUUCUUGAUGUCGAACGAGAGUUGGAGUGGUCCUUCGGCCGCGACGGCAAGCCCAUGACCAAGUCUGUUCUUUCUUCGGUUCAGCAGACAGCCGUUAUUUUGUAUCAGCGUGGCAUCGAAGUUACCACCCCCUGCAAGCAGGACAACAGCUCUCGCUGGACCCUGUCCGCAUUCCCAACAACACACUCGUCUCCGAGCCCACAACAGACAUCGUAUCCGACCCCCUGGCCAAGCGCUGGACCUGCCCAUCGACCUGCUCAACCAACAUCUGCUGCGACAAUGGGCUGUGCGUCUGGUCCCUCAGCGACGUCUGCUGCGGAAGCUACUUCUGCAACUCUGGCGAGCACUGCUGCGGAACGGGGUGCAUGCCUCACGGUGCGGAGUGCUGCGGCGUACAGGGGUACUGUCCAUUGGGCGAGCGAUGCAUGA